AACGUCGUCUUGAUAUACGCUUUACCGGUAAUUUUUCACAUUUUUUUUUUUAAAUAAUUAUUUGUAUACUAAAAAAAUGUCACGUGGAUUAGCAGCGAUCAAAAAAGUGGCGGAAUAUGUAACUAAUUCCAAAGGAUUCGAACAGUGCCUCAAAAAUGUGACGGUGGUGUCUGCCGGGGAUGGAAAAUGCAGGGUGGAGUUUCCCGUCGAAGACGGUCAUCUGAAUGGGGGAGGAACUCUCCAUGGAGGAUUUACAGCAACUCUAGUUGACUGCAUUUCUACGUAUGCCUUGAUGACCACUGGAACUGGUGCUCCAGGAGUAUCUGUGAAUAUAAAUGUUUCAUACUUGAACGCGGCAUCACCAGGUGAAGUGAUUGUAGUCGAUGCCAAAACCUGCAAGGCUGGGAAAAGGUUGGCUUUUCUUGAGGUCGAACUGUCGAAAAAAGAUGGAGGACGUCUUGUUGCUCGAGGACAACAUACGAAGUUUAUCAUGUAGAUUGAAUGAUAACUUGAUAUGUUAUUGAUUGAUUGCUACAACAUCAUUGUAUGGCAGGGAUUGUCAUGUUCAAAAUUCUAAAAGUUUUUAGGUUCUUAUAGUUGGGACAAUAUCGUAUACGGUGAUGGACAAAAGUGAAAAAAGAAAUGCAAAUAUAUUUUUUGCCAUUACAAAUUUUUUUUUGCCUCAACAGCUUUUAUCCAAUUCCUAAUAAUUCACAUCCAGACAUUAUUUUUAUUGCAAAAUGUCAACAAUAUGGUUUCGCAGCACAAAUUCCAAACCCGGAACUUAACAUUUGUAUAUACACACUUGUACAAAUAGGUAACAUAUAUUUAAUAGAAUAUCGUGUACGGUGUUGGACAAAAGUGAAAAAAGAAAUGCAAAUAUAUUUUUUGCCGCUCAA